UUUUUGAGAAUCACCGUUGGUGAGUACCACUGAUCUCAAAAACACUUUUUUAGAUCAUUGAAGAUGGAAAUCCGCACACGUCCAGUCAGUGACGUCAUAAGUACACCUCAAGAGCAAGAGAAGAAAAUAUUUCGUGCAGAGUAACAUAGAGAAGUUCCUCGUUUACCCACGAGGAGAUACAAUGGCGGUUCAGUAGGGAAAGAAAUUGCCGCAGCAUUAUUAUGGAUGGUGACUUUGUUACAGCAACGGGAGAUAUUUUUGGAAAGAGGAGAAAAAGAAGGCAUGGUGAAGUAGGCCGUUCAGGAGAGGAUGUUAAAAAGAUAGAAAAUGAGUCACAUAAAAAGGGUUUAAACUUUAUUAGUGGUAGCACCGCUUCUGCUCCCGCAAUGUCUCAGGUUUUUAGGGGGGUUAAUGUGGCAGAGUUUAUUGAGGCUCGUGCCUUAGAAGUUUCAAAUACUGUUAAAGCUUUAAGAGAAGCUGAAAGUAUGGAAGGAAAACGAGUUUUUCAGAGUUUGCCAAGGCAUAUGCGACGAAGAGCUGCCAGCUACGACAUCAGAAGAAUUCCGAGAAACCAAAGAAAAAUGGCUGCGAAAGAGGAUGAAAAAAACCCAAUCAAAAGAUCCAAGAUGCCCAGUAGAAAAUACAGAAGAAGACCAAAGAUACUACUUGAUGAGUAUAAUAGAAGAAAAAGAAAGACAGCUUGGUUGGAAACUCAUAUUUGGCAUGCCAAAAGAUUCAAAAUGGUUGAAAAAUGGGGUUACAAAAUGGCAGAGCACCCAAACGAUAAGGGCCUAAGAUCAGCAUUCAGGGCAAGUGCAAAUGGCUGCUUGAUGCAGGAUUUAUCAUUUUAUGGAUGUAUUGAAAUUAUUGGAUUGGAGGAACACAUUAUUGAUGCUUUUAGCCAUCUGACAAACAAAAAUAACCGUCUUGGUAUGAUUCAAAAGAAGAGUCUGUCUGGAGAAAGAGCUUCAGAUGUUAUUCUUUAUAAAUAUAACUGCUACCCGCACAAAGCCAUUGGUCCAGUCAAAGUAAUCUGGAAACCAACUUUGUUACAAGACCAUACCUCUCCUAGCUGUGUGAAUAAUGUUAGUAAAACUCAAAAAGAACCUGAAUCACAGGCACUCACAAGGAACCUAUGGAUCUGGUGCCAUCCAUCUUUCCAUGAUGAAGCUGUUGAAGCUAUAAAAGAAUCAUUCACAAAGGCGGAUAUUGGCAAGAAAGAAGCAAUGGAUGUUGAAACUGGGGAGCAUCCUGUGGAAGUUUUGAAUGCAUUUGAAUCCAAACAAGACAUUAAGGAUGAUAAGAUUGAACAAAAUGAUAAUUUAGGAGACAGUAAUGACCAAAAACCAACCAUAUUUUCAGAAACAUUCAAUGUAAAUGGGAGGAUCACAAUCAAAUCAAUGAAACUAGACUUUGUAUAUAUCAGACUUACAGGGCCACUGUCUCACAAGAUCCUAGUUGACUCUUUGCAGUUGCAUUGUAAUGCAGACUAUAACAAUGAACAUUGGUGGGGUGAAUUUUACAAAUCAGAAAACAGGAAUUGCAACUUGAGUGAAACUUCAGAAGCUUGGGAAGUUCUAAAGCAUGUGACGCAUCCAGCUGAGCUUCCUCCUAAUGUUGUGGUUGCUUUGACGACCAUUGACCCUAGAAUGAACCUGCCAAUAAAGAAGACUUGGUCAGGCAGAGAAUCAGUUGUGAAAGACGUGCCAGGUGAAUUCAUUGAAAAGAAAAAAGACCUCCUAACCAACUGGUCAAGUAGAUUGUGUCAUUCUCCAAUCUGGGAUGAAAAUGUCAGGAAAGAAGUGAAGGGAACGAAAAUUACUGAAGCUGAAUUAAACAGCCUGAGAUCUGCAAAACUUGAUGUUGGUGAACAUCUUGAAGUUGAUGAAGACACAUCAAGAAUACCGGUUUUGUUAAUACAAAGGCCUGGAGGUACUGCUGCAUUGGAUGCACCCUCCCAUUUUGGCUGUGGCUGGGAUGUUAUUGUUCCAAGCGGAUGGGGUAUGGCAUUCUGGGUUAGCCUCAUAUAUAGAGGUGCCCAUGCCUGUGGUCUGAGAGAGGAAAGAAGCAUCGCUCUUGAGAGCAAGGGAUUGUAUUUCCCUAAAGAAUAUCCGGACACUGUCGCCGGGGAAAAAUAUAUAGAGUCCGACAGGAAAUGCAAUGAAGAAUCGUAUAACAGGCAUCCAGCAGGUAAAAGACCUAACUUUGAGAAGCUUGGCGUCAGCAGUCCUUUUGCCCCUGACUGGCAGAAGCUUGUGAAAGAGUGGCAGAGAAAUUUAAAUGCGGUGUUGGAAUAUUUAGGAAAGGCAUCGAAAAAUGGUGAUGGGAUGAUGGAAGGAAUGCCGAGUCAGUCUAAAGAACAAGGUGCUUAUGCUGAGGCAGAGGGAUUGAUAUCUGGUUUGCAGAUUGCAGACGAUGUACACAGUUUUUAUGUCUUGCGGGAUAUUGCUACUCUGCGGAGACUUGGCGAAUUGUUAGGCCAUUGCACUAAGAAGAGAGGAAAGCAUGUCGUUGAUGAAUCACAGAGAAACAGCGAGGUUUUGGCCCAAAAGGAGGCUCUACUUCGACAUCUAUUAAGCAUACCACAAAAUCCACUGAUUGCGAUCUCACUUGAGUGCAUCGGUAAAGGCGAGGCUACUAACAACGCUAUGAUCUGCAUACCAAGUUCAGAUGAUUUCGAAAAACUGCAGAUGGAAAAGAAGUAUAAUGGACCUCUGGAGCCACUUCACAAAGGACCAAAAAACUUGUUUACUACAAUUGCACAUGAAUUUGGAGUUACAGUGUCCCAAGCUACGUAUACUGGCCAAUGUACCAGAUGGAUAGCUGGAUAUGUGACAACUGGGAGGUAUUCGUUAAGAAGUGGCAAGAGUGCUGGUGUAGGUUUCGUUAGUGCUGCAAGUCUUGCUGCUUGCAUUGCAGUGCAAAAAUCAUUAGUGAAUGGCUGCAUCGUCCUCGUUAGGAACAUCACAUCACAGCAAUAUAGAUUUGCAAAAAUAAACAUAAUUGCAUGAAUCUCUUGUAGCUCUUUUUGUAUUUUUUAUAUUUUCAACCUAUCAUCCUAUUUUGUGUUAUUUUUGAUAGUAAGAUCUUGUGUGGUUUGCGAUUUAUUGAG